AUGCUGCUUUUGAAGCUCCGGCGAGAGCUUCACAGUCACUGGGUCAAUCGCAAAUUACCGCAUCAUGUGAAGACUGGAGGGGAGACAGUAAACCGUGUCGGAACGGAAGAACCGGCGGUCCCGAGAUCAGGCGCCAAGGCCACCUUAGCAGCCCUAGGCCACACAGCGGGAGGCCCUUACUGGCUGUUAAGCGAGACUCUGUGGGCAAAGGGCCGCAACACCGAAAUUCGCGAUCCAGCAGCCCAGAGCGACUUGUGCGUUUCGGACGAUUUCUCGACAACCCCGACCCCUUCGACAACAAAUUCCUUCCCACCGACCUCCCGGAGUCUGUCGACCGAAGCCUUCGCCAUGGCCGAUAUCGAUGUCAAGAUUGCUCAAUGGAAGCUCGUUGAGGUUGGCCGUGUGGUGCUGAUCCGCCGCGGCCCCUACACCGGCAAGCUCGCUGCUAUCGUUGAGAUUGUCGACCACAAACGUGUUCUGGUCGACGGUCCUUCCACCGAGGAGAACAAGAUCGUGCCCCGUCACGUCCUCCCUCUCGCCCACGCCACCCUCACCCACUUCGUCAUCCCCAAGCUGCCCCGUGCUGCCGGUACUGGCCCUGUGAAGAAGCUGUGGCAGAAGAACGAGAUCGAUGGCAAGUGGGCCAAGAGCAGCUUUGCCCAGAAGACCGAGAGCGCCGAGCGGAGGAAGAACCUGAAUGACUUCGAGCGCUUCAAGGUCCUCAGACUCAGGAAGCAGGCUCGCUACGAAGUCCAGAAGGCUCACGCCAAGAUCCGGGCGGCUGCUCCUAAGUCAUAG